UGAAACACGGAAGUAACGAAAAGUUGUCAGUUUAAUCUUCUUACAAACUGUUUGGUUUAACAGGUCAAAAGCUACGUUUACUACACAUAUGCCACCUUUAAACGGACAAAACGAUACAUUAUAUUAACAUUUAGUCUUACAAUACACUCAAAAUAACGUUUGCUGUAUGGUCACUCAUGCGCUACAGUGUCUAUUCAUUGACAAGUGAUGAACUAAAAAGAUUUACAUAUUGUCUACCGUCAUUGAAGAAACUUCAUGAGUCCGUUUCAUCUGAUAUUAGCAAAAAGGUCUGACUGCAGACAAGAUGAAGAUGAUAACGUUCUUCAUCGUGGGACUCUUGGUCCAUGUGGUUUUCUUUCUCUCGAUAUUUGACAUUUAUUUCACAUCUCCACUUGUCCAUGGAAUGACACCUCAGCGUGUCUCUCUGCCACCUCCAGCCAAGCGCCUGGUGCUCUUUGUGGCAGACGGCCUUCGAGCAGACAGCCUUUUUAAACCAGAUGACAACGGGACAGUCAGGACUCCUUACCUAAGGAGUAUUAUUGAAGAGGCUGGCACGUGGGGGGUGUCACACACACAUGUGCCCACCGAAUCACGCCCGGGUCACGUUGCUCUCAUAGCAGGCUUUUAUGAAGAUGUUAGUGCUGUUGCCAAGGGUUGGAAGGAGAAUCCGGUUGAGUUUGAUUCUGUUUUUAAUGAGAGCAGACAUACCUGGUGUUGGGGAAGCCCUGACAUAUUACCCAUGUUUGCUAAAGGGGCCAGCGGAGACCACGUGUACACUCACACGUAUCCUCCAGAGCGAGAGGACUUUGCUUCUACUGAUGCGUCCAGGCUGGACACUUGGGUUUUUGAUGAAGUCAAGGCUUUUUUUAGUGCUGCCAAAAACAAUGAAACUCGACUGAAUCAGUUGCAUGAAGAACAAAAUGUGUUUUUUCUGCAUCUUCUGGGGAUAGACACAAAUGGCCACGCCCACCGGCCCAUGUCAAAGGAGUGUCUAGAGAACAUUGGCCUGGUUGAUACAGGUGUCGCUGAAAUUGUCACUGUGAUCGAUGACUUUUUUGGGCAUGAUGGGAAAACCGCUUAUGUUUUCACAUCUGACCACGGCAUGACAAAUUGGGGAUCUCAUGGUGCUGGACACCCAUCAGAGACGCUGACCCCACUGGUGGCGUGGGGAGCUGGGGUUCAGACAGCACAGCGGGCCGACUCUCAGAAAUAUGACGAUUUUUAUCUAAAAGAAUGGGGAUUAGAAACAUACAAGAGGGUAGAUGUGAAUCAAGCUGAUAUUGCUCCCCUGAUGUCAUCUCUUUUAGGAGUUCCGUUUCCUUUGAACUCUGUGGGGGUCUUGCCACUGAAUUACUUGAAUAACAGCCAGCACUUCAAGGCUGAGAGCAUGUUUGCAAAUGCUAUUCAGAUUUUGGAGCAGUUCAAGGUGAAAAUGGCACAGAAGAAAGAAACGACAAUAUCCAUUCUGUUUACACCUUACCAACCCCUUACCGAGUCUAAGCAGAUGGAUUUUGUGCGUCAUGCCAGAGAAUUGAUCCAAAGACGACAGUUUGAUAAGGCGAUUCCUUAUUGUGAGGAUCUCAUAGCUCAGGCCUUGCAGGGCUUGUCGUAUUACCACACGUACGAUCGUCUCUUUCUGGGCAGCAGUGUGGUUCUGGCUUUUAUUGGUUGGACCUCUUAUGUAGUUCUGUUUAUCCUGAAGACACACGCUAGCCUGCGUAAACCUCCAACUAACACACACUCGGUUGCAGAAAGGAGUCUGGUCUGGACGUUCCUAUGUUUAGGUCUGUUUGUAGCUUUGUUUCUGGCUGUCCAAUCCAGUCCCUGGACCUACUACAUUUACUGUUUGCUUCCUGUUCUGGUGUGGUACGCCGUUGUGAAAGAAUAUGAAACUCUUGCCGGUCUGAUCAGAUCCAUUCCCUCAUUACCACUUAGCCAAUGCUUUGGAUAUUUUUUGCUGGUGAUGUUUGGAAUUGAAUUACUAGUUGUGAGUUUUUUUUAUCGGGGCAUGUUGACACUUGGAUUGAUUCUGCUGGCACCGUGGCCUGUGGUCUCUGGCCUGUAUAUCAAAGCCAAGUUUAGGUCAGUGACCUGGAUGUUGAGCUGUCUCUGCUUGGCUCUUUUUCCACUGUUGCCUGUGGUGGGACGGGACCCCAACGUUAACUAUGUAAUAUGUGCUGGAGUGCUGACCCUCCUCAUCUCUUCCUCAUACCUUUGGUCGUCAUGGAAACGUUCUCCUCUGAUCAGAGAUGGCCAGCUGUUCAUCUGCCAGAUCAUGCAGGUGAUGCUGUGCGCCUACAUCCUGACCAGCACCCACAUCAGUCUGCAGCUGAAGCAAGGCCUGCCGCUCUUCAACCAGCUCGUUAGCUGGAUCACGCUAGCUUCUUCGUUUUUUGUGCCGUUGUUGAGCUCCACCAGGCUCUUUCACAGACUGUUGAGCAUCCUGCUGUCUCUCGUGUGUGUCUACCUGCUCCUGAGUACAGGGUACGAGGCUCUGUUUCCUCCAGUGCUGUCAUGGCUUAUGUUUGCAUGGAUCAAUGUGGAGCAGGAGGCCAUGAACACUCGGGGAAGGUCAAACAGGACUGAGCUUUCCAGUGUCGAUUUUGCUGAAAAUAUUGACAUUACCAAAAUCAGGCAGCUAACGCUGGAUGACAUCCGGAGAUCUUACUUCUUUGUGUUUUUCAUAAUAAUUGCAUUCUUUGGCUGUGGAAACAUUGCCUCCAUUAACAGUUUUGAUCCAGCCUCGGUGUACUGCUUUCUCACCGUCUUCAAUCCUUUCAUCAUGGGUGGCCUUCUAAUGUGGAAGGUUUUAAUUCCUUUUGUUAUUGUGAUGUGCACAUUUGAAAGCAUACGAGUGUCAACACGGCUCUCCUCACGAAGCCUUUUCCUGGUUGUGCUAGUCAUCUCAGACUUGAUGGCCCUGCACUUCUUUUUCUUGGUUAAAGAUUAUGGAAGCUGGCUUGACAUUGGCACUAGUAUCAGUCACUAUGUCAUCGUCAUGUCCAUGACCAUCUUCCUCAUGGUACUGAGCAUCAUGACCCACAUCUUGACCUCCAAGCGAAUCCUCAUUGGGCAGAAAAGAAAGAUGCACCUUAGAUGAGGACUGCUUACCUUGACCAUUGUCUUCAUGUGUUUACAAGGUGCAAAAACAAACAAAACACAACAAACAAACGUUCAACGGCACGCUGACAUGACUGAGGCGCAGUGUUUGGUAAAGAUGCUUUCCUGUGUUUCUUAAUAUCAUUGUUACUCAAGAAGACCUAUGACUUUGAGGACGAUGAGAGGAAGACAUGUCUUCAGGUUGAAGCUAAUGGGCCUAUCACAAAAGUAAUCGUUUUUUAAUAUGUACUCUUCAUGUAAAGGCAAGGUCACAUGUUAAAGGGUCUUAGGGCAUAAAUGUCACUGAAAUAAAAAAAUCAUUUUUAUUGGUUGGACAAAAUAUGGCUUAUUGAUAAAAAAAAUCAAAUGCAGAAGUUCAGUUCUGACUGUUUGUUUUGUGGCAUCUGGGGAAAACCACCACAUAGUUUGUUGCUGCAGUCAUGUGUCCGUUUAUCUAUUUCCUGUUAAAAACUAAAGCUUGAACUGGGCAGGUACUCACUGGUACACAGUAGUUCAGUCUACAGACGCGUGUACAUCUUGUGCUGGUGCACAGUUCUGCGUUACUCUGUUUACAGUACCAAGAAAUGUUCUCGCAGAACGGCAGCUCUCAGAACGUCUCCAUCUUUUCAUUUGCAAGUUCUGGCAUCUAUUCUUUUUGACUUUAAGCACUGAUUAACACUUAUUAAGACAGACAAGGAUUAAUGUGAAAGUAAGUGAAUUAUGUUUCUGUGAAUGUGUUGUGUUGGUGAUGAUUGCAAAAUGUGUUGAGUGUUACUGUACGGACAGCCACGGUUUUAUGGCAAAUGUGAAACUUUAAAGUACUGUAUUUUAAAAUGGUUUUAAACGAUUAUAUAAAUUACAGUAAACAUUUAGAUUAGAACAGUGUUGUGUCCCCUUUUUACAUUUACAUUUAAGCAUUUGGCAGACGCUUUUAUCCAAAGUGACUUGCAUUGCAUUAUCCUAUACAUUUGUUUUCUAAGUAUGUGCAAUCCUUGGGAUCGAACCCAUGACCUUGGCGUUGCUAGCGCUAUGCUCUCACCACUGAGCUUUCUCAAGUUUAUAUUUGUAAGCAAUAUUUUAGUUUAUAGUUUAUUGUUCCUGAUCUCUAAUACUAUCUCAGAUGACCUCCUCCAUGCUCCCCUGGAAGUGUAAUAAAUGCAAAACACACGUUGAUGAUUAAAUGUGGAUGCAUUGAGCUACUAGGAGACAAUAAAAAAUUCUAGGUGCCUGUGAUUUUAGCACUAUUGAUACAAAAUAUCACAAGUCAUAAAGGGAAAGUGACGUGCAUUGUUUGAGGUCAGCCACCAAAACUGAGGUGUCAAAUGAGCAGCAGUUUCAGUUUGACCUGCUUGCAUGUUCUGGAACAGCAUUUGCACAUUGAGUGAGGGGUAGAUGCAACAGAGACAAACACUUCCUUGUCUGGUCAUUCUGACUUCUGCUUUCUUCUGAGGGUACGUAUCUUGCUUGCUUCUUGCGUUGUCUUAUUGAUAAGGAAAAUGUUGGCUCUCACGUCUAAGCAUGGUUGGGGAAACGAGAGUCAGCAUCUUCUUUGUUACAUUUUCAGAGGGCAAAAAAUAAAUGUGUGUUUCUGUGCUGAUGUUGCUUUUGCAGGAACUUGUAUAUAGUUAUUGAUACAGUAGUUUGUAUCAGUGUUUCCACAUUUACAUUUAUGCAUUUUGCAGACGCUUUUAUCCAAAGUGACUUAGAGUGCAUUUAAUCUCUACAUUUCUAAUUCAGUAUGCAUGCGAUCUAUGGGAUUAUGUAGUAUAUAUAUACUGUAUAUAUAUAGUGUCGUUUUUUAACCACAGUUGGCUCAAAUGUGAACAAACCCAACUGUUGGUUUAAAUCAACUAAGUUCUAGGUUAACUUUACCCAUGUUUUUGUCGAAAGCUGUGCCAGCUGGAAUUUAUUAAACCACUCUCAACGGGAGGUCAAUUGCACAUUAACUAAAUCACUGAUUCAUAUUAAAGGAGUAGUUCACCUUCAAAAUGAAAAUUCUGUCAUUAUUUAAAUGCCGUCUUGUCAUUUCAAACCUGUACGACUUUCUUUCUUCUGCCGAACACGAAAGAAGAUAUUCUGAAGAAUGUUGGUAACAGGUUUUUCUAAAUAAAUUCUUUCGUGUUCACACGGGUGAAACAAGAAAAUCACACAGGUUUAAAAUAACGACAGUCUGAGUAAAUGAUGACAGAAUUUUCAUUUUGAAGGUGAACUAUUCCUUUAAGCUGCCUAAUCACUUUUCUCUGACUUUCGGUAUGUUUUAC